CCGCCUAGGGGAUGAAGUGGGGGCGCUCGGCUCUCCAGCCUCACUCGCAGCUGCUUGGGAGCUGGGGAGAGCGGACCCCUCCUAGCGACGGGCGUGCAGACUCUGACCCUGGAGCCUCUCAGCCGCCAGGAGCCGUCCCCUUGCGUCUUUGCCCGGGCCGCCCGCCAUUCCCCGGCCCCUAGGGGCCCGGCCGGCCGCGGUGGGGGGAGAGGUCAGCAUGAGCCGGGGGUCCUGGCGGGCCGGCGCCGGGCAGGGGGCGGCGGCCGCGGUGCAGCUGCUGGUCACCCUGAGCUUCCUCCCGAGCGUCGUCGAGCCACAGGUCACCGGAGUCCUGGAUGAUUGCUUGUGUGAUAUUGAUAGCAUUGAUAACUUUAAUACCUUCAAAAUCUUCCCCAAAAUAAAAAAGUUGCAAGAGAGAGACUACUUCCGUUAUUACAAGGUUAAUCUGAAGCGACCAUGUCCUUUCUGGGCAGAAGACGGCCAUUGUUCAAUAAAAGACUGUCAUGUGGAGCCCUGUCCAGAGAGUAAAAUUCCAGUCGGAAUCAAAGCUGGGAGUUCUAACAAGUACUCAAAAGUGGCAAACAAUACCAAAGAAUUAGAAGAUUGUGAGCAAGCUAAUAAACUGGGAGCAAUUAACAGCACAUUAAGUAAUCAAAGCAAAGAAGCCUUCAUUGACUGGGCAAGAUAUGAUGAUUCACAGGAUCACUUUUGUGAACUUGAUGAUGAGCGAUCCCCAGCUGCACAGUAUGUUGACCUGUUGCUGAACCCAGAGCGUUACACUGGCUAUAAAGGGUCCUCUGCGUGGAGAGUGUGGAACAGCAUCUACGAAGAAAACUGUUUCAAGCCUCGAUCUGUUUAUCGUCCUUUAAAUCCUCUGGCACCUAGCCGAGGAGAAGAUGAUGGAGAAUCAUUCUACACAUGGCUAGAAGGUUUGUGCCUGGAGAAGAGAGUCUUUUAUAAGCUUAUAUCAGGACUUCAUGCUAGUAUCAAUUUACAUCUGUGUGCAAAUUAUCUUUUGGAAGAAACCUGGGGUAAACCUAGCUGGGGACCCAAUAUGAAAGAAUUUAAACGCCGCUUUGACCCUGUGGAAACUAAGGGAGAAGGUCCAAGAAGGCUUAAGAAUCUGUACUUUUUAUACUUAAUCGAGCUUCGAGCUUUGUCAAAGGUCGCCCCCUAUUUUGAGCGCUCAAUUGUCGAUCUUUACACUGGAAAUGUAGAAGAAGAUGCGGACACAAAAACCCUUCUCCUGAAUAUCUUUCAAGAUACAAGGUCCUUUCCCAUGCACUUUGACGAGAAAUCCAUGUUUGCAGGUGACAAAAAGGGGGCCAAGUCAUUAAAGGAGGAGUUCCGCUUACACUUCAAGAAUAUCUCCCGUAUAAUGGACUGUGUUGGAUGUGACAAAUGCAGAUUGUGGGGGAAAUUGCAGACUCAGGGCUUAGGAACCGCCCUGAAGAUCCUAUUCUCUGAAAAGGAAAUCCAAAAGCUUCCGGAGAACAGCCCAUCUAAAGGCUUCCAACUCACCCGACAGGAAAUAGUUGCUCUUCUGAAUGCUUUCGGGAGGCUUUCUACAAGUAUAAGAGAGUUACAGAAUUUUAAAGUCUUACUACAACACAGUAGGUAAUAAAGGCUUUUCUAUGUCUACUGAGAGACAUAACAUGACUGUGUGAAGCCUGUUAAUCUUGGACACUCAGCAGAAGAAGACUAAUCUUCAAAGACUUGAAGAAAGAAUUCUGAACUCUUAAAGAGAAAAUUCAAAUGUUCACUUGAAUAUUUAUGAUUCUUAAUAGAUUGUCAAUUAGAGCUAUUUAUAAAUGAAGUAUAUGCUUUUAAAACA